AUGGUCUCGGAAACCACUCCGUUGCAAGACGAAUACGAAUACGAUGAGGAGGAUAUCCAUCCAUUCGAGCUAAUGCUAAAGAAAACGGUCUCGAAAAAACCCGUUAUAUGGGGAUUGAGUCUGCUUAUCGGGGGUCCUUUGAUAUAUUUUCUACUGGUGUUUUUACCUAAUCUAGCGCCUCCCGCGGCUGACAUCCCGGACCUGACUAUGGUCUCGUCUCCGUCUGUUUAUCUUCAUCCAUUGAUCCCCCCAAAGGCUCAUCGGAGCGAGAUCGAACAGCAGUUGAAAGACCCAGAGUCACCUGUCAAGAUUGUUCCUGACUUUGAGAAAUGGGAGCUUCUUGACUCGAGCAGCAAGUUGUUCAAAAAGCAUUUUGACAAGUCUGACAUUGACGAAUCACUGAAACCAGUCAAAAGAAUAAUCCUGAUCGGCGAUGUUCAUGGGUCUCUGUUCGAGUUACAGAAGUUGCUCAAAAAGAUUGGAUACGACGGAGGUCACCGAGACCAAAUAUUCUUGGUUGGAGACUUCCUGGCCAAAGGAAAGAACUCAAUCGGAGUGCUGGACUACGUCAUACAAAACAGGAUUGGCUGUGUCAUCGGAAAUCACGAAUGGGAGGUACUUAAGCGGUAUGCACAGUUUCAUGGCCUGCCUGCCUUGACAGUCAACGGGACCACAACUCCCGAUUACCACGCUUCAGAGCAAUACGAUUUGGACGACCUGAUGAGAAUCGCCAAACACCUAACCCCCGAACACAUUGAAUAUUUGGCACAAUGUCCUAUUAUCCAAGAAUUGGGACCUGUCCCGAGAUUGACAAACAAAAAACAGACCAAAUAUGCACCUGUCCCUGCCGAUGGAGUUGCAGUCCACGGCGGCCUGGUGUGGAACAUCGAGGACCUGGAGGACCAAGACCCCGAAUCCGUUUUAACCAUGCGGAACCUGCUUCCUCCAGAUUGGGUAAUCCCAACAGAUAACCGGCAUGACUCCGUCGACGGCGUGAAGUCAAAAGCAUGGUCCAAAUUUUGGACCAAAUAUCAACGGGAAGUCGUUGCCAACAACACAGAUGAAGAUCCAUUUACCCUAGGAACCAAGGUAUAUUACGGACAUGACGCCAAGCGUGGGCUGGUAGCCAAGGAAUUUAGUACCGGUCUCGACUCGGGCUGUGUUUACGGAGCUCAACUGAGCGCAGAAAUCAUAUGGAGUGAAGUUAUUCAAGGCAAGUCUAAAGAUGCAAUUGUCUAUAAACGAAUGCUGAGUCAAGUGAAUUGUUGA